UUUUGUAACAGCACAAGCUGCUUGUUUGUUAUUCCUCACCGUGAAGAACAAGCAGGGCAGCAAGAUGAAGAAGCAAAAGGAGAGCCAAUGCACUCAGAAGACCAUCUCAUUGCUGAGCCCCCUGGGGACGAUCCAAGUCAGUGGAUGUGAGAAUGGUGUGCACACCAUCCAGAUCCUAAUGGAUGUCGCACCUGCUGAAAGGAGCAGCGAGGCCCCCCAGAGCUGUGUGGUCAACGACAGCCCGGCAGAAACGAGCCCCGAGAUGCAGCGCUGCGUUGAAUGGCUCCAGGCGUACUUCAGUGAGCCGCAGACCGCUGGGAGUCUCCCGCUCCCUGCCUUUCACCACCCCGCCCUGCGAGGAGAUGCGUUCACCAGCCGCGUGCUGCACAUACUUCUGAAGAAUGUGAAGUUUGGAGAGACCGUCUCGUAUAAACGCCUCGCUGAGAUGGCGGGAAACCCYAGAGCGGUGCGGGCAGUGGGAGGGGCUAUGAGGAGGAACCCGAUUCCUCUCCUCAUUCCUUGUCACCGAGUAAUUUCCAGCUCUGRACAGAGUGGGCCGUACAUGAGCGGCAAGGGCGACCAUCUCAAACAAUGGCUGCUCACCCAUGAGAGGCAGAGAGGGGAAAGCUGAAGCAUGACAGAGCCCAACUGUCCUUUAUUCAGUACACACACAUACAUGUACAUGGCUCUGUUUUUAUUGUUUGUUUGUUUUUUUGUUUUUUUGUUCUUGUUUAAAAAAAACACACAAAACAAGCACAUAAAGUUAGGUGUGUUGGCGCACACUAUGGAACUACUGGAAUCAAUUGUAAAUAUUCACUUUACUUCCUUUUUUAAAAUCUAAGAAUAGAGMUGCUGCAUAGUUAAUGUGAUACAGAGUUGUUGCAGAAUUAGAAUAUACAAAAAUAACUUAAACAGAGAACAGUAGGAAUUACAAACAUAUGCUCCCGUGGGUCUCUGUUGCAUUUGCCAGAUAGUGCUGGAAUGGUUUUUCUAAAGAAUAAUUAUUAUUCCCUUAAAAAUAUGUCUCUUGCAUUGUUGUUGUUGUUGUUGUUGUUUUUUUCCUAAGCAGAAUUAGUCUUUGUACCUCUCGUUGGUUUUUUAAUUUCCUGCCAAGUGGAUGCUUUGUUCAACAUCCAGUGAUAAAGGCUCAGAAUUUUAUGGMUACAAAGCUUUGUAGUGAAGCAUUUGUUUUGUCUUCGUUUAGAUCUCAUUGUUUGCUCUCUCCUUAUAAUCCACCUAGAGUGGAGAAGUCCUAUGUACUUUAUACUCUGCUCAACUUGUUUAAAUAAAUACAAUUCGAAAAAUGACAAA